GCGGAGAGAGCAGCGAGGACAGGACAACUCCAGGGGAGCAGAUUUGUCAGAGUUGCUGAUAAAAAUAAGUCUAACCGAAAAAAAAAAAAAGAAGAAGAAAGAAAUAAGUCUAACCGUAUUUUCUUAAGUGAGCUUUGGAUUCGAGCAGUCAUUUGAAAGGAGCUCUUUGCCUUUCCGUGUGUUUUUAACCCAAGGAAGCCGGUGAUCUCAAGUGGCUUCUGGGGUCUGACAGCUCUGAGAUGUCUUUCCCCAGUCUUGCCACUUACUAACCCUGUGGCCCUGGGCAAGAGACUUGAUUUUCCUGAAUUCCAUCGGUAAGAUAGGGACGGCGUUGUUAUCUACCGGGCAGGAACAUCGCGAGCAGGAACAAAAUCAUGUAGAUAAAGCUUGUAGCUGAGCAGAGGCUCACAGUGGCCCUCGGAAUAAUAACUCUUUCUAGUUGGCUCUUGGAGAGUCCCAGAGCUCUAAUGCAAAGGAAGAGCCUUCGGAACCCUUUGCAGAUAAACUUGUUACAAACCUAAGGCAUAAAAUGAAUAGCUUGCUUUUUUUAACGUUUAAAGUCAUCUUUAUAUCUUGAAACAGUUUUACAUUAGAGUUUCUCUGGAUUUUUCAGAGUUGAUGAAUAAUUGCAAGGAUAUAAUUUUGGAUUCUAGAUGGAAAUGUCGAAGGGAAACUUCAGUCCUAUUUUCUCGGCGAUGCCUAUUUUCUUUUCAGUUGGGGGUUUGAAGUGAGAUUAGAAGAGUAAAUCCUCUCUACUUCCUAGUUUCUGUUUCUAACCCCUGAUAAAUGUUGGCUUUUUGAGGCCAACUAAAAUGCUAACUUUAAAUAUAAAGCUCACGUUUGUUUUGGGUCAAAUUCACCACAGUGACCUUGCUGAGAGAAAGCAGAUGGAGGAGGGCACAUUUAAAAGGCGUCUUGGUGCGGAAUUGGGGAAAUCUGUGGUCUAUCAAGAGACCAAUGGAGAAACAAGAGUUGAAAUAAAAGAAUCUGUUCGUGGCCAAGAUAUUUUCAUUAUACAAACAAUACCCAGAGAUGUGAAUACCGCCGUGAUGGAGUUACUGAUCAUGGCUUAUGCGCUGAAGACGGCCUGUGCCAGGAACAUUAUCGGAGUCAUCCCCUACUUCCCCUACAGCAAGCAGAGCAAGAUGAGGAAGAGGGGCUCCAUUGUGUGCAAGCUCCUGGCGUCCAUGCUGGCGAAAGCAGGUUUAACUCACAUUAUCACUAUGGAUCUUCAUCAAAAGGAAAUACAAGGCUUUUUCAGCUUUCCUGUGGACAACCUUAGAGCCUCACCUUUCCUGCUUCAGUAUAUCCAGGAAGAAAUCCCAAAUUACAGGAAUGCAGUCAUUGUAGCGAAGUCUCCUGAUGCGGCCAAAAGGGCGCAGUCAUAUGCGGAGAGACUCCGUCUGGGGUUGGCUGUAAUCCACGGAGAAGCCCAGUGUACAGAGUUGGACAUGGAUGACGGUCGUCAUUCUCCCCCGAUGGUCAAAAAUGCCACCGUCCACCCGGGCCUGGAGUUGCCGUUGAUGAUGGCCAAAGAGAAGCCACCGAUAACUGUAGUCGGAGAUGUUGGCGGGCGCAUCGCAAUCAUAGUGGAUGACAUAAUCGAUGAUGUGGAAAGUUUCGUCGCUGCGGCGGAGAUCCUGAAAGAGAGAGGCGCUUACAAGAUCUAUGUCAUGGCCACUCACGGCAUCCUGUCUGCAGAGGCCCCCCGCCUGAUCGAGGAGUCCUCCAUUGACGAGGUGGUGGUGACGAAUACCGUCCCUCACGAGGUGCAGAAGCUGCAGUGUCCCAAGAUAAAGACCGUGGAUAUCAGCCUGAUCCUUUCUGAAGCGAUUCGGAGAAUCCACAACGGAGAAUCCAUGGCCUACCUUUUCCGCAACAUCACUGUGGAUGACUAGCUACCACGGUCGCCCGGACCGCGGGGCCCCUGCGGAAAACGUGGGGAAAGCGGGGCCGUCGACAUCCAUCCCCGCGUUUCCUUCCAGGGGAGGACUGCAAACAGUCUGGAGCCAUGUAGUCUGUCUUGCCAAGUUCGGGAGGUAGGAGGCAUUGAGCUGGUCAAGGGGAGGACAGAGCUCCUGGAUAAAUGGCCUUAACGUCCGCCGUCCUCAUCCCGUUCCUUAAACACAAGUUACGCUUUCCUGAAAAGAAGCUCCGAAUCUUACUGAAAUGGGAAAGGAGUUGAAGGCAGGUAAGGUCUUAACUCCAUGACUGGCGGUCGGCACCGCGGGGAGCUGCGUGUGUCGGUAUGGAGCUUGGUUAGGGGAGCCGAGCGCCCGGCACCGUUUUCCAUUCUAACUGUCCUCUCCCCGUCCGACGUCACAGAAGCCUUUCGUAGAAAACCCUCUUUUUCUGUGAGAGGCUGCUGGGCCUCCGGCCGCUGAACAACGAAGCGUGUGUGGCACGACCCCUAGCAAGGAGGUCCGAUUAGAGAGUAGCAUCCCGUCUCUGGAUACCUGCGUUGCUGUUCAACUGCAAAUAAAAGUAUUUGUGCUCUU